AGCAGAUUCCCGAAGUUUCAGAACUUGCAAAAAUGCUGACAACCACGCAGGCUUUGAGUGUAGAUAACACUCUGACUCGAAAACAUGUCCUUACUGAAUACCAAGCGCUUAACAGAAGGCGGUCAGAGCAGACGGUGGAGCCUCCUAAUCCAGAUAUGUUUGAACAUGUUGGGAUCAGAGAUGAACUUGUGAAGGAGAACAAGAAGAAAGAACCUCUUCCCGGCUCAAAAUUGCUCAAAGCGGAGAAGUUCUUGUAUUACCGAAAUAUUUGUGAUGAACCGAAACAGCGGAAGUCCGUCCCCCUGGAUGCCGUUGCACAGGCUAAACGAAAACGCCUGAGAGGUCUUGAUCACCUGUAUGCGUCGCGUCCGCGCUCAGGCAAGCUGGACUGUUCCAGCGAGUUUGGUACCGGUGCAACCGUGCGCAAUGUAAAACAGGCCAUAAUCGAAGACCCUGUACGACGGAUGACACUGUUCACCAGCAUGAUUGGCGGUCCCGAGGUUGGUCAGCUGGAACUGCGCCUCACCCGUGGCAUUCGUUUGCAACCAUGUCGCGUAGAGUGCGGAAGAGUACCGGCAGGAAGCACACGGUUUUAUUGUGUUCGCUUGGUUAACUGGGGACCAGAAAACGCGUAUUUCCGCGUCAGACAGCCUCCUGAAUCCAGCCGUUUGCGUGUGCUCUAUACACCAGGGCCGAUCCCGGCAGGACUUUCUCGUGACCUGAGGAUCAAAUUGACAGUCCCACGGACGGCAGAAUGUCUUUCGUCGACGGAUUCGCAAGCACAGCUUGUUCAGUGGAGGGAUGAUCAAGCAAAAGUAGCCGAAAGUGCCUUUCAUGAUGAACCGGUGGUGCAUACUUUCACAGAGUACAUUCAGUUGACCACCGACACACACAUCAUUCACAUUCCCGUUAGCGGUGAAAUUGAGUACAAGGAGUGAUCAUGUUCGCCAUAUAAAUUGCACUAAUAUCUGAUUGUUGUCUGCUUACCACAAAUCACUGGACAAGUUGGCGACGGGUCA